ACUGGUGGUCAUCAUGAUGAAGAGUCAGACUAACUCUGAAUUCUUUCCAGAGAUGCUUCCCAAACCCUCCCUCAGUGCCUUGUCCAGCUUAGUGGUUGGACACAGAGGAGACGUGACCCUGAGGUGCCAGUCUCACUUCCAGAAUGUGACAUUCAUGCUGAGGAAGCUGCGGCACUCCGGGUACAGGCAGGAGCAGAGAUCCACAGAACACAAGGCUGAAUUCCUCCUCAUUCACCUGGAACGGAAGGAUGCUGGGAUGUACUUUUGUGCCUACAAGAUGAUGAUCUCCGAGGAGUGGUCAGGGGAGAGUGAAUACCUGCAGCUGAAGGUCAAAGAUGACCACAAUGGACGUGGAGCUACUGGAGUAAAAAAUGGUAAGAUAAUUUGAGAGAUGUUUUUCCAAAUUAUAUCCACCUCAUGAGGCAGGCAUUCCCCUUUGAAUAAAAGGCACA